CGGGCGCUCGUGAUUGGGUUCAGUACAGGGACAGAGCGUCCCUUUCCAUACUCGACCCACUCACCAACGCCCGCCGUUCUCGGCCGCCACACAGGCAGCCCUAGUCCCCGGUCUGGCUACCCAUAGCCAGUCGCGCCGUGAGUCUUUGGCCUCCUGGCUUCUUAGGUCCCCGCCCCGGAAGUGAUGUCACCGAGCACAAAUGGAGGGAGUUCCUAAGCUGUCGUCGUGUCUUUAAAGGGAACACAAAGCUUUGCACUUCUGACAGUGCUCUUGAGCCUAGCUGCAUCUGGGCGGAAGUAGCCCAUCUAGGGCUCUGCCUCUUUAACUGAACGGAAGAGACUUCUGCAACCUUGGGAAUACAGUUGGGGUCGCCGGCUAUUGGACCGAGCACCGCAGUUGUUCGCGGAAGCAGGUCAGUUCCUGGUGGCCGUGCGAGGUUUCAUCUAGAUCGUGUGUUGAACCUGGCUAGUUUCCGAGUGCUGUAACUCUUUGAUGCAUGUGCUCCUGUUUGUAUGUGGUGUGUAGUUUCUCUGAAAGAAGGAUCUGUCCCCUGAGAAAAACUUGCAUCCGCGGUCUUGGCAGCUCUGCACUCAGCCGCGGGACCAGUUAGGCUUGCUCUCUCUGCACCCACGUCCACUCUCCCACGGUAGUCCUGACCAAGAAGCAGCAGCCUGCGUUAACGGAGAAUUGCCUGCAGAGCUAGUGCCAAUCGUCUCUGUGGGUCCUUCGGGGUUUUGUCGGUUCCCGGGCUGCACGGCAAUUGGAUUCAAGUACUAAUGUGAGACAACUUCCAAGAUAACUUAGACAAGGUUUCUCUGUUCCUGGCUGUCCUGAAACUUGCUUAUAGAUCGGACUAGCCUCAAUAUCAGAGGUCCAUCUGCCUCUGCCUCUGAAUGGCUGGGAUUAAAGCUCACCAUGGCUAAACGGCUGCAGGCUCGAAGGCUGGAUGGGAUCGAUCACAACCCCUGGGUGGAGAUUGUCAGACUGGCCAAGGAGUAUGAUGUCGUGAACUUGGGCCAGGGCUUCCCUGACUUCUCGCCUCCGGACUUCGCUGUGCAAGCUUUUCAGCAGGCUACCAGUGGGGACUUCAUGCUCAACCAGUACACUAUGGCGUUUGGUUACCCUCCACUGACAAAGAUCCUGGCAAGUUUCUUUGGCAAGCUGCUGGGACAGGAGAUGGACCCACUCAAGAAUGUGCUGGUGACAGUAGGUGCCUAUGGGGCCUUGUUCACAGCCUUUCAGGCCCUGGUGGAUGAAGGAGACGAGGUCAUCAUCAUAGAACCUGCUUUUGAUUGUUACGAACCCAUGACAAUGAUGGCCGGAGGUCACCCUGUGUUCGUGUCCCUGAGGCCGAGCCCUGCUCCUAAGGGCCAACUGGGAUCCAGCAAUGAUUGGCAACUGGAUCCCAUAGAACUGGCAAGCAAGUUCACACCUCGGACCAAGAUUCUGGUUCUCAACACACCCAACAACCCUUUGGGAAAGGUAUUCUCUAAGAUGGAGCUGGAGCUGAUAGCUGGUCUAUGUCAGCAGCAUGAUGUCCUGUGCAUCUCUGAUGAGGUCUACCAGUGGCUGGUCUAUGAUGGACACCAACACGUCAGCAUCGCCAGCCUCCCUGGCAUGUGGGAUCGGACCCUGACCAUCGGCAGCGCAGGCAAAAGCUUCAGUGCCACGGGCUGGAAAGUGGGCUGGGUCAUGGGUCCAGAUAACAUCAUGAAGCACCUGCGGACCGUGCACCAGAACUCUAUCUUCCACUGCCCCACCCAGGCCCAGGCUGCAGUAGCCCAGUGCUUUGAGCGGGAGCAGCAACAUUUUGGACAACCCAGCAGCUACUUUUUGCAGCUGCCACAGGCCAUGCACCUAAAUCGAGACCACAUGAUCCGUAGCCUGCAGUCAGUGGGCCUCGAGCCCUUGAUCCCCCAGGGCAGCUACUUCCUCAUUGCAGACAUCUCAGACUUCAAGAGCAGGAUGCCCAACCUGCCUGGUGCUGCGGAUGAGCCCUAUGAUAGAUGCUUUGCCAAGUGGAUGAUCAAAAACAAGGGCCUGGUGGCCAUCCCUGUCUCCAUCUUCUUCAGCCGGCCCCAUCAAAAGGACUUUGACCACUAUAUCCGAUUCUGUUUUGUGAAGGACGAGGCCACACUCCAGGCCAUGGAUGAGAGGCUGUGCAGGUGGAAAGGAGAGCUCCAACCCUGAGGCUGCCCUCAUCCCUGCCUUGAACAUUGAGGCCUCAACUGUGCCUUAACACGGGGAUGGCACUGGGGGGCCCAGCUGUGUGACUGGGCAAGCUUCCAGGAAAGAGCCCAUUUCUUGCGGGUUUCAGCCGGUGUCUGGACUGCUGUAUUGGAUUGGUGGGUGGUUCUGGGCCUCAGUCUAUUCCUCUGUAGGUUGCUUGUAGGGUCUUGGUUGUUUCUGGCCUCUCUGCCUGGGACAGGAAAGGAUGGAGUAUCGGGCCUGGAGUCCUAGCCCCAGCCCCAGCCCCACCUUAGCCCUGCUGAGGUUCUGUGGCUUCUCCACUUCUUCUCGUGUGACCUCGUGAUGUUGCUACUGUUCCUAAUAAAGUUUUAAGUUAUUAGAACCCUCAA